AUGGCGCCGUUUGCCGGGGAGACUCUAAUCUCUAUCGAAUAUCGAUGCUUCCAUCCAGCUUCCAGGCCAGUGGACCCUGGUGCUUCCCCGGAAAAGAUGAUGCGUCGCCGGGGCGCGUAUCCGCCUUUCCGUCCCGGCCUCUUGGUCAACCUGGAAUCCUGGAUGGGCCCGUCCCACGCAAGGCGAGGCCAGCCCGAGUCAGUUCAUUGUCUCCUGAGCCCCCGGGGAGAAACAUCGGACAAACAAGCUAACAAACCCACUGGUGUUACUGUUGGCUCCAUACAGUCCUGCUCCCUUCCAAGGUUGGAUGAAGUUUGA